GGGAGUGACGCAGAUAUUACAGAUAGUCAAGUUUUUUUUUCGUAAAAUUGUAGAAAAUUCGGUUCAUUUUUUUUACCCCGAUAUUAUUUUAUUACAAUUUUACUGUACAUUCUGAGUCAUUCAGUCAGUCCCAGAUUCAAGCCGGUUCUGUGCUUUCUCCAGGUCUCCGUAUGUUGCUAGUAUUGGUCGUCUAGCUCGCCAGCCAAGUUGAUGUGUCGUUGCUAGCAAAAAAAAAGAUGCCGCAGCCGAAAUCCCGCAAGAUCGCCAUCCUGGGGUAUAGAUCCGUGGGAAAGUCCUCAUUGACAAUUCAGUUUGUGGAAGGCCAGUUUGUCGACUCCUAUGACCCAACCAUUGAAAACACAUUUACCAAAAUGAUCACGGUCAACGGACAGGAGUACCACCUGCAGCUCGUAGACACAGCCGGACAGGACGAAUACUCAAUUUUCCCACAGACGUACUCCAUAGACAUCAAUGGUUACAUCCUGGUCUACUCGGUCACAUCCGGUAAAAGUUUCGAAGUAGUAAAAGUAAUUCACGAAAAGUUGCUGGAUAUGGUGGGGAAAGUUCAAGUACCCAUUAUGCUGGUGGGAAAUAAGAAGGAUCUGCAUAUGGAACGGGUAAUCAGCUGUGAAGAAGGGAAAGCUUUAGCCGAGUCCUGGAACGCAGCCUUUAUGGAGUCUUCUGCAAAAGAGAACCAGACUGCAGUGGAAGUGUUUAAGAGGAUAAUCCUGGAGGCAGAGAAGAUCGAUGGGGGUGUGCCACAGGGAAGGACAUCGUGUUCGCUGAUGUAGCACUGCCCAAUGGCCACCCAAUCGCUGGACACUGGGAUAUCCCUCUACUUGAAGGCUGACUGCCUGUUUUCCUCUAUAUAAUCUUGGCUUUUAUUUUAUCUUUAUUUUUAAUUUUUUUCUUUUGUUAUUUUGUGUUUUUCAUGAGUGGAGCAGAGAAGUAUUCACAGAUGGAGGAGUAUCCCACCCUCUUAGCUCCAGGUGGUCCUGCCCCCACAAUCACACCCAUACAAACCCCCGCCCUUAAGCUCCACCCCUGAUGGUUAAAAUGGAUCUCUUCUGGUCAUCUUCUUUUCUACUUUAUUUCCCCUCACCUACCUUAUCAAUUUGUAUAUUGUAUUUCUUAAAGAUAAUUAUGGCCAAAAAAGU